AUGAAAUUUGCUUGUGGAAUUGUGUUGUUGGUUGUUAUUCACACAGCCACUGCAAGAUUGCAAUUGGUGCCGUUUGAAGAUGUUCGAGAUGUUGAGGUAUAAGAUCUCACAGGAAUAACUUAAUUCAUUCUCCCUGCAUUGGUUUGUUACAAAACUUCAUAAUAAUACUAUCUAUAAAAUAACAUGUAUAUAACGCGUGCUCUGAUUGGUCGAAACCCGUGUUUGGAUCAGGCCAUCCAAACACAGAAAUUUAAAGUGAAUGUUUUUUAAAGUGAAAUUUUAACGCGGAAAGCUGUUAUUUUAUAAAACAAUUACUUUAUAGUUUCUGUGUUUGGAUGGCCUGAUCCAAACACUUAGGAAUGUUGCUCGAGUUAAGAAAAGCUCGCAAAAGCACUCGCCUUCGGCUCGUGUUUCGCGCGCUUUUCUUAACUCUCGCAACAUUCCCGCGUGCUUGGAUCAGGUCAUCCAAACACGGAAACCAUAAAGUAAUUGUAUAAUGAAAAAAUGCGUGGUAUAUACGUUCCUACUGGUUUUGUACAUUAAUGGGCUGCUUUUGAAGUAAAAUCGUCAUCAGACAUGUAAAUUUCCAGUUCAGAUCAUGUCAUCUUUUCAUCUUUUAUCACUCCUGCAUCAUGUCUUCAUGUAUCUUUUAUUCAUAAUCAAGUAUGAUUUGAUUUAUGAAAUAAAUUAUAUUAAGAACGAACUGAGAGUUGUACGUUUAAUAGCUAGGUGUAGAAGCCCCCCCCCCCCCGCCUGGCGUAAGCAAAUUGGAUGCAUUAGCAUAUCCUACCUUAUAAAACCCAGUACUGGGGAAUCUUGUCCUCAGUCGUGACAAAGCUGUUACCUCCCACCUCACCCUUGGAGCAUGAUUCCCGCACCAUAUUCUUGGGAACUUCUUUCCAGGAAAUCGGAGUCCCAAGUCAUGCACAGCUCUCUCAAUUGUAGUAAUUUGCAUUCCCGUGUCUUGUCUGAGCAACACUAACCAGCUCCCCCCAGUGCAUUUUUUAAGGAUUCUUCAGUGGUGGGGAAAAACUGCCAAAGGGCCCAUCAGGGGGGGGGGUAGGCCAAAAAAUUCAGAAUGACGAACCCCCGCCCUUUUAUCAAUGUUGUGUGUCUUUGCUUGGUAAAAUUAAUAGCGAAGACUGUUGUUAUUCACAUGGUGAAUCAAUAUUGAGCCACGAAUUUGCUAUCCGGAAAAUGUAGACGCAAUUUACAAACUUAAAUACGCAUAUUUUACGCACAGACAUAUUACAGUAGCAUGCAGGGCCAUAGGAAGCUCUAUUUGAUUGAGGGCUGAAAACGAGGGCCGAAGGCCAGAGGAAAUUUUUAAAUUUGGGGUCUCUGAAAUGCCAUUUCCUGGACUUUGGGGGAAGUUUUGACAGAAUUCUGAUGGUCAGGAAACAGCGUUUUAGUAUGUCGAAAUUUACAAUUUGCUUACAAUUUAGUAGUACGUAUAUACGUAUAUAUAUAUAUAUAUAUAUAUAUAUAUAUAUAUAUAUAUAUAUAUAUAUAUAUAUAUAUAUAUAUAUAUAUAUAUAUAUAUAUAUAUAUAUAUAUAUUGGAGAAGUUGCACGAAAAUAUGGGUAAUAUGAUUCUUUGCAGUUUGUCAUGGAUAAUGUUGCCACUUAAAAUUAAUCAAUUGUCAGUAUUCUAAAGGUAUAAAGGUCUGCAUGAUUUUGAAAAAAGAAUGAUUUAUAUUAGCAAAUUAUUGGGAAGGCUGCAGCCCCCCCCCCCCCCCAGGUUGCUGCGGCCUCAGAAGUAAUAAACCGAAAAACACUUACCGAUUUACGAUAUUUUAAAUGUUAUCCAUGUAAAUGCCAUGAUUUCGUAAUACCCCCAUCCCAAUACCCCCAUCGCCACGGCCCUGGGACCCAUUUUCCUUGCUCUCUCCCAGGAUAGUAUGCGAUCGCCGAAGGUGUGAGCCGAGUACCGCAGGCAAAAGUUAGCUACGGGGGUCUGGGGCAUGCCCUCCCAGGAAUUUUUUUAAACGUGGGUCUCUGAAAUAGCAUUUCCUGCAUUCUGAGAACACAUUUUUUUUAAAAUCUCAGCUUUUCAAAACAAAGUUCUAAUUCACCAUUAAUGGUGAAAUUUGUAAUAAAUUGCAUGCUAAACAUUCAAACACAACAUAAGUUUAAGUAUGCUCACCAACAAAUUUUGUUUUUUAAACGUCUUUUCCAUGUUAAACUUGUUUACUCAAGACAAGUCCUAGGGCCAUGGCUUUGGGGCAAUAGGCCAUUUUUUUUCUUCAGUGGUGGGGCAGAGGAAGGGGCCCAGUGGGGCAAAUGACCCACCACUCCAUGGUAUUAAAAAAUUCCUUGGCUCCCCCCUCCUUCCUCCAUAUUACGACAAUUACGUAAUGCCCCUCAUGUUCGUCGCAUGUCCCAGUAUAUAUGUUCCCCUCCGUUGCUAUCGAUCAGCCGUAUCGCAUCCCUGUAUACAAUGUGUAGGGCUCGACUCACCCUACCGGUUCCAACCCUUUCCCGAGAACAGCUAGAUAAAAGUAACUCGGUUAUGUAGUCAAAUAUCGAAGUGUGCACAUGGGCCGAUGGCCGUAAAGGACUAAAAACGCCAAUGCUUGUCCCACGGUCAUGGCCUCGUUCGAAUUGCCUCUUCAACGGUACUAUAACCCUCAAAUAAACGCGUCAGAUCAGCGUAACAUGUUACUGGGUAUACGAAACCAGAUUGUUAACAAUGAAUAAAUGCAAAGAGUGCCAAAACAUGAUCUAAAAAGGGAAUUUGCAUACAUUUUAGUAUUUGUGCAAAAGGCUGAUCUUCUAUCAAGAGGAACUACACACAUAGUCUGUCGUGAUGGCAAUUCGUUAAAAUGAAGUGUGCCGCAUUUAUACACAAAGUUCGUCCAGAACUCCAGAUGGAUCAUCGUGGUCUAAUAUAAAUUAGGCAUAAAUUCAGCCAUGCAUAGACAGGCUAGUAAAUUACUGUUAGCCUCGAAGUAUUUCAGUUUAACAUAAAACGCGUUGUACAGAUGAUCAUGCGCUGCGGUAACACAUCUUAAAUAUACACCAUCUUCUACAUACGUAUGUAGGCUAUUAGGAAAAGAAUACGCGUGCAUAUAUAGCGUUUGCCAAAUUAAAUGUUUGUCCCGAAACAUCGUUUGCAGCAAAUUCACCAAUACUAACCCUGAUAGGAACUAAGCGUGUUUUAAAUAGAUCUUAUUUUAGCGACUGAGCUCAAACAACGAGCUAUGGUUAUUUGCAUUCGGUUCGGUACGCUACAUGACUUUUGAACUAGAUCUUAUUUGUUCUUUACUCUUUUUUCGUCAGUUGCCUGUUUGUUCUAAAUCGAAAGAAGGGAACCAAACCUUGCAUCGUAAAGUAUCAGGAGAUGGCGGAGUUGUGAUCUGCAUAAAAAACAAUGGAAAAUAUGUGUGGAAAUUUCUCGAUGGUAAGAUUAACUAGAAUUAAGGAUCUUUAGGGGGUAAAUUGGCACACAGCCCCUCCCAUGAGAAGAUUCCUUCCAUCCUGAAUUACACAUUCUGUUUCACAAAACAAAACUCAAACGUACAUUGUGUUUGUGCAUGAGAAGCAACUUAAAAACUUCGUUGUUGUUUUAGACUAGGUCGCCAAACCCCCAUGUACAUGCCUUAUACAGAGACCACCUUAUCAAAAAUUUCACCUCGUAAUGUGAUUUGUUUCAGCAGAGAAAAUCGAAUCUAACGAAAUCUUUAUAUGCUGCUUUCUCUACAGUAUAUCAGUUUCAGCUUUCAAUAAAAAGCAAGCAUCAUGCAGGCCGACACUAACAAUUUCUGUCAAUAUCCUUCCACAGGUUCCUCUACACUUGGUGAAAAAUUCAAUCCUGCAAAAGAUUGUUCUGAUAUUGUAGACAAUCUUCCCGAAGCAAAAGAUGGUUUCUACUGGAUAAAACACAACAAGGGAGAACUUUCAAAGGUACAGCACUUUUUCAGUUUUUCAGCUAUUAAUAACACAACAGGUGACUUUCCGUAUUACGAUACCGAAAAUACAUCACGAAAAUACAUCGCGAGGACUACAGUUUGAGAUUCAUUGUAUUUAAAUUUAAGUCGUUAACGUGGAAAUUGAGCUGAUAUCCUCAUGUUUCGAGCACGACUAUAUUUCCCUUUGAUCUUGACCCCCAAUCCAGACCCAACCCGAUCCCUACGGUGCACGAAACAUCGGGAUGCAACCGAAAUUUACCUAUGAUUCUCUAGGGGUGGUGUGACACACACACAGACGGCGGGGGAUUAUUGUUGAUUGGAAUGACGAACAGUCCAGUCACAUGGAACGUUCCAUCAAAUGAGAAACCAGUAGAUCCAUUGGGACCUCCUCAUUGGUCCAGCAAGUUUGGUGACGUCAACGUGCAGGAUAUUGCAAUUCAAAUCUCAACCACAAAGGAUUUUGAAGACACAAAGGCACAUUGGUGAGUUGUAAAUAUUGUUUAAAGAUGAAGUAAAUGGUUUGUUGGAGACCAUUACACUAAUACCGUGCCAUAAGCACCAUAUUAUAACAAACCAUACUAAGCCAUAUUACUUAUCACGCCGUACCUUGUCAGGUCAUUCCAUAUUGAUGUGCAUGGUAAUAUAUGCCAUACAAUGCCAUACCAAACCACACCUUGUUAUAUCAUACUUAUAAGUAAUCAUACUUGCCUUAUCAUACCAAUCUAAUACCAUACCGUUCCACACCAUACUAAACCAAUCCAUUCCAUAAUAUAUAUUAUAUAAUACCUUAUUGGCUGUUUAUGGUCACGUGAUAUUAAAUAGAAAAUUCCAUUUCCCAAAAGUGCAAUGGAAUACGUUCUAUUGCACUCUUUGCGAAUGCAAUUAUACUAUGCGUUUUAUUUCAUUGCACUCUUUGUGUUUUCGAUAAAUCGCAUCCGUCAAAAUGCUUCUCAAACGAAUCUAUUAGUCUAUUUUGGUAUUAUAUAAAACAAAUUAAAUAAUGAAUGUUUAUUCGUGCAGUGGUAAGAAUAUUUUCAUUCGGUGAAAGAUGGAAUGUUCCAUUCAACUCGGCUGUCGCCUCGUUGAAUGGAACAUUCCAUCUUUCACCUCGAUCAUGAAAAUAUUCUUACCAUUGCACGAAUAAACAUUCAUUAUUUGUAUACUGUAACAUUCACAAUUCUUUCAAACCAUUUGUAUACAGGUCUUACAGGUUAAAAACAAACCGUGCUCUUGGCAAUCUGUUUGGUGUUGGAAGUGGUGGAUGUACAGACUUUGAUUCAGGGAUUGGAAAUGUGUCUUAUGUUAAAGACAUCCUUACUGAAACAGUGGUCACUACAAAAUUCAGCUGCUCAAACUUUGGACCUUAUCAGAACGUCAAUCUGGGAUGGGUAUCUAUGAUAAUAGUACAUUGCGUAAAGCACUCUAUUAAUCUUUGAACAGGUGCAAUCAGAAAUUUGGGUUGAUGUAGCCGCGACGUCCUGGUUAAUUAAAUUAAUCACACUAUGUUAGCUGUAUAUAUAAUGAGAACUGGUUGGAAUUUAACCCCAAAACUGCUUAUAUUUAACACUAGAGGACGUUUUUACAACGUACGCAUAAAACUAUAGACAUAGUGCAAUGUGAUUGAUUAACACAUAUAACAUAUAUAGUAUUGCAUAUCUCACAAAGAAACUACAUACUCUUGAAAUCCCACAGUGCUCCUUUUUCUUCUGGAAAUUAGAAAUUAUAAUCACAUGCCUAUUAUGAAUAAUAAUUGCUGCCAAAUCCUGCAAUAACCUGCGCGCAAUCUCAUGACAUCGGUGAAUGAGAUGUCACGAAAGAGCGCGCAGACUAGGUCAGCAAAGCUAUUAUAGGGACCUUAAGCAUGUACGACGGCAAGGCGACGACGACAGCCAAAACAAAUAAAUUAUUGCGAAGAAGGGUUGUUGUGUAUUAUCCACUACAUGUAUAUAUGAAUUGAGUUCAGUUUGAAGAGAUCAAAACAAAGGCUUUAUGGUUAAAAACGCUUCUGCUGAGCAAAUUUGUAGUUUCACUUGUCGCGUCUUGACAUGUUUGCGUUGUACACGAGACGUGAAAAUCUCUGGUUUGCCGUUGUAAAAAGCCCUAACACAAUGUCUCCAACUCCCGUGGGGCUUUUAAUUAUUCCUUUCUUUUGUACGAGAUCAGGAAUAUCAUUGUGGGAAUAGCCGUCGCGUUUCCGUCCUGUUUGCUUAAGGUCCUUAAUCUUUCCCGGGCCACGGCUAUCUAAAUUGCCAUGUUAAAGUUAUUGCUAUGUAUAUACUGUCGUAUUAUUAUUGCUUUUACAGGGAAGAAUGAAUUACUGUCUCAGAAACAAAUGUCCAAGCGGUUAUGCAUUUAUAAAAGGAUUUCCUUUCAAACUUGACAGUUAUGGAUCUUUUAGGUAAACAGAAAGGCUAUAGAGACUCGUUAGAUAUAUGUCAUUACGUUGACCAAAGAAGGGAUCUAACUUACAUUAUAUAUAUUUAUAUUUUCAGUUAUAGUGCAAGUUCACAGUUUUCAGGUAUCACACACAAUGCUACAGCUUUUGUUGGCUGCGAUGCUGGCAAGGUUUGAUAGUUUGUUACUUAACCCGAGGAUUUGGUAUUACUAAUUUUCCAAGUUACUUACGACGAUGAAUCUUAUUAAAUCUUGCCCAACAUUUAUGUUUAGUGUUGUGUAUGUUUUGGUCCCAAAGGUGGAAGAGGUCAUUAUUGCAGCAGAAAAUGUAAAGCUUUUAAUGGUGGUACCAUCCUCACUGGUCAGGUUUACGUCUGGUAUUGGAUCAGAACGCGCAUGCCUGAACGACUGUGGAAAAGAUGUAUGGAGUUUAAGAUGAAGACUGAAGCUGGGAAACUUGAAACGUAUUACAUUGAUAGAAAUACCGGUGCUGCUCAUAAGGUAUUGUGUAGAGUAUUUGGGACGAAUUUGUAAUUUAGGCAAUAAAAUCAGACUGGAGGAAAUUUGCAUGGAAUAUUCAGAAUGAGAAAACAUCAUUACGGAACAUAAUUUUGAAAAGCAGGUGAAAAACAAGUAUAUACAAUCGGAAAAUAUGGAAUUAUGUUUAAAGUGAGAUAAAAUAUAUAAAUAUACCGUCAAUGUCUGUUGACUUCAGGCAUGGACAGAUUCGAGCAUGUAUGUAUUAAGAUAAUUAAGUUCUCGUUGGACCAUGAGUUUAAAAGAUGCCAAGUUGGGAAACGAGCUACAUUUCUUGUCUUUUGCGGCUAUCAUUACAACCAGAAAUGAGACGGAUGACUCGAAUUUUCACAUCCGAAAGAUCGUGAUUGUCAUUGUACAAGUGCCUAUAGCAACAUAAUAUUUAGCAUCGUUGUUGAUGACAGCUCACCAAACUUUUCCCUCAAACAUCUUCCAAUUUCCCCAAUGUAGAGAAUGCAUCAUUUAAGGAGAUGCAUGUGCCGAGGUAGUACCCAAGAUAUCAUGAAAUUUAUGUACAAAAGAUUUUUUAAUAAAUGCGAAAUUUGUUGUUUUAUACAGGGCGCAUGUUCAGAACAAUUUCAGACAUUCUUGAAUGAAGGUGUAAGUCAAUAUAAUAUGUUAUAUAUUUCUAUCUUCCAAAAUGAUACAUUGGAAGUGACUAUAAUCUAUAUCUAGAAACUUUAGUGCGAAAUCUACCUUCUGGGGUUAAUUUCGAAGGCCAGGACGCUUGUUUAUAGUCAACAAUCACGAAACAACUUUAUGCCAACGUAAUUAAUCACUGUCAAUGUUAAACUCUUUCAGACACUCUUGGUAAAAAACAAGGAAAGUUUUAGGAACCUUCCACCAGUGCCAGGACAGAUUUCAUAUCGCGAGGACAACAAGAAACUUUAUGUGAACAAAGGAAAUUAA